AUCAAAAAGCAGAAGCAACCUCCAUAAACAGACAUUUUCUUUCCACUGCUCCCAACUCAAUGCUUGUGAUUGUUUUCCCACUAGUCUUGACACGUGAUUCUCUAAACACACAAAUAUUUUCAUAUAUAUAUCUAACGCUUGUAUUAUCUGUCUUUCAUCAAUAACCUUGUCAUUCCGCCAUUGAUAUACAAAAAUGAAGCUCUUCUUCCUCCUUCUAGUUGCCAUCCUCCUUAUACAGGCUUUGCUGCACGCUUCUGCAUUUAGCAAUAAUGCUAACUCUCUGCCAAAUAUGAAUGAAGGAAGUGAUACAGUGGCUCUUACUAAAAAGUAUCACAAGAAAAUCAAUUGCAAAUAUGCAUGCUCCAGGCGGUGCAGGAAGGCAUCGAGGAAGAAGGUUUGUGAGAGAGCAUGCAAAACAUGCUGUAAGAAAUGCCACUGCGUUCCUCCGGGUACUUAUGGCCACAAGAGUGCCUGCCCCUGCUAUGCCAAACUCAAAACCCAUGGGAAUAAGCUCAAGUGCCCCUGAUUUCUAACCUGUGGAGUUUCUAGACUCUAAGAGUAACAUAUGUUUUAGUUAGGGCAUAAUAAAACUAUCCCAAAAGGUAAAAGAGGUUGACAACUGUUAUGAUGUUUUGGAAUGGGGCAUGGUGGCUAAGUGGGUUGUUUGUUGAAGGGGAAGACCAUGCAUGCAAGUUUUAUCAUACAUGUUGGGUUGGCUGUUACAAAUAAAAAGUGGGCUGAGUUGAGAGCAUUAUUUUGCAUAGUGUACAGCUGUUUGACAUGCAACUAUCUUUCUUUGUCCAACACUUGCUUUACAUGUGUUCUUUUACUCCGGCAUCUUCCAUAAUAAUGUAGUAAAGAUAGAGUUGAGUGCGAGGCAUAUGAUAUAAAUCUAGAAAAAAAUAACAGGGGAUGCAGAGCGAAAUAGGAGAUUCAUGGAUGGUGUUCGCUGCCAGCUAAGAAGAGCAAAGAUAAAGCAAAGCACAAUUGAGAAGUCAUUACUCCCUCACUCAUUUGUUUUCAUAAUUGUCAUUACUCCCUCACUCAUUUGUUUUCAUAAUUGUCUUUAUAUUUUUUCACAAUUUAUUUUCGAAAUAAUAACAAUAAAAAAAGUUGAAACAUUAA